CAUAAUUGGAUUGACAUGUCCCGAUUCACAUGUUCUCUACAUAUAGACAUCAGGCUUAUUUUUCUUACUAUAGUCAGGGGCUAAUCUAGAAUAAUUUAGAAUUUUUAGAAUACGAAUAUCCGGACUUAUUUUCUUACUGUAAUUUGAUUCACAUGUUAUUCUAUAUAUAUGAUUUCCAAACUUCUUUUCUUUACCGUAAUUGAACAAUUUGAGACUAAUUUAGAUGUUUAGAAUAUGAAUGCACCCAAAAAAUGCAUUAAGUGAAAUUUGAUCUCUUGUAUGAUUAUUAUAGAAAGUUAAUGAAAUCAGUAGAUAUCCACAUACUAUAAAUUUCACCAAUCUAUAGCUCUUGUAUUGCAGCCUGCUGCAAAGUGUUUGUUGAAAUUACAAAGAAAGAAGAGUGGAAUUAUGGGUUAUGAUGUACCUGAAGGAGUGGACAUUAGAGGAAGAUAUGAUACUGAAUUUUCUAAGAUUUUAACUAGGGAUGCUUUGCAAUUUGUAACUGAUUUGCAGAGGGAAUUCAGAAAUCAUAUUAAGUAUGCUAUGGAGUGCAGGAGAGAGGCCAAAAUGAGGUAUAAUAAUGGAGGUUUGCCGGGUUUUGAUCCGGCAACCAAAUAUAUUAGGGAAGGAGAAUGGGUGUGUGCUCCUGUGCCAGCGGCGGUGGCUGAUCGGAGGGUGGAGAUUACUGGACCAGUUGAGAGGAAGAUGGUCAUCAAUGCCCUCAAUUCUGGUGCCAAAGUUUUCAUGGCUGACUUUGAAGAUGCACUGUCACCAAGCUGGGAGAAUUUAAUGAGAGGCCAUGUAAAUUUGAGGGAUGCAGUAAAUAGAACUAUAACAUUCCAUGAUCAAGCUAGAAACAAAUUGUAUAAACUGAAUGAUCAGACAGCUAAGUUGUUUGUGCGCCCAAGAGGGUGGCAUUUGCCAGAAGCUCACAUCUUCAUUGAUGGUGAACCUGCCACGGGUUGCCUUGUCGAUUUUGGCCUCUACUUUUUCCACAACUAUGCCAACUUCCGCAAGGUCCAAGGACAAGGAUUUGGACCCUUUUUCUAUCUACCCAAAAUGGAACAUUCUAGGGAAGCUAGAAUAUGGAAUAAUGUGUUUGGGAGGGCAGAGAGAUGGGCUGGAAUUGAGAGAGGAAGCAUUAGGGCCACUGUCCUCAUUGAAACACUUCCAGCAGUGUUUCAGAUGAAUGAAAUCUUGUAUGAACUGAGGGACCAUUCUGUUGGCCUCAACUGUGGUAGAUGGGAUUACAUUUUCAGCUAUGUCAAGACUUUCCAGGGUCACCCUGAUCGAUUGCUCCCUGAUAGAGUUCAAGUUGGGAUGGCUCAACACUUACUGAGGAGUUACUCCGACCUGCUCAUCCACACCUGUCAUAAGCGUGGUGUCCAUGCAAUGGGAGGCAUGGCAGCUCAAAUUCCAAUCAGAGAUGAUCCAGCAGCUAACGAGGCAGCAUUGGAACUUGUAAGGAAAGAUAAGCUGAGAGAAGUGAAGGCAGGGCAUGAUGGAACAUGGGCAGCUCACCCUGGCCUAAUUCCAGCCUGCAUGGAAGUUUUUACCAACAACAUGGUCAAUGCUCCUAAUCAAAUCCAUUCCAUGAAGCGCCAAGAUGCAUCCGAACUAAUUGAAGAAGACCUGCUGCAGAGUCCAAGAGGAGUUCGAACCAUGGAGGGCCUCCGGCUGAACACCCGAGUGGGAAUUCAGUACUUGGCAGCUUGGCUGACAGGGGCUGGUUCUGUUCCACUCUACAACCUCAUGGAGGAUGCUGCCACAGCUGAGAUUAGCCGAGUUCAGAAUUGGCAGUGGCUGAAAUAUGGAGUGGAAUUGGAUGGAGAUGGACUUGGAGUGAAAGUAAACUUAGACCUAUUUGGGAGAGUGGUUGAAGAAGAAAUGGCUAGGAUUGAGAGAGAAGUUGGAAAGGAUAAAUUCAACAAGGGAAUGUACAAGGAAGCCUGCAAAUUAUUCACAAGGCAGUGCACUGCACCAGUCUUGGAUGAUUUUCUGACUCUUGAUGCCUAUAAUAAUAUUGUCAUGUAUCAUCCUAUUGAAUCGUCCCGACUCUAAAUUUAGAAGCUUUUUUGCUGUUAGAUCAAUCAAAUGUCACUGCUAUCUUCCCAACAAUAAUGAUAGGAAAUGGAAUCUUAUCUUUAAGGAGAUAGCUAAUUAUCCAAAGGCUCUCUUAUUCAGCUUUGUUUUUCAAUCAAUGUGUCAUCAUUGUUGUGUAUUUCCCUGUAAUAACAAAAACUACUGUUCCAUUU